GCUUCAUGCUCUUGCCCUGCGCUGAGCCUCCUGUAGGUGGUGAGGGGCGGUGACGCCAUGAGCCAGCGGACAUUACAGAGCUGUGCUUCGGCAGCCCGCCCCGAUCCGGCCUGGUCCAGCCAAGCCCAUCCAGCUCCUGCACGCGUGACACAUCAGGACUCAAAGCAGCCAGCUUCACCAGCCACUUCACAGCAGGGAUCCGUGCAGACAAUAUGGGCAACGUGCAGCCCACCAUAGUCCCAUUUGAGGACUUUGAUGUUAUGGCUGAUACAAAAGCCAUUAGAAAAGCAUGUAAAGGUUUAGGCUCAGAUGAAGAGGCUAUCAUCCAGAUCCUGGCCAACCGCUCUGCAGCUCAGCGUGUGGAAAUCAAACAGGCCUACUUUGAAAAGUAUGAUGACGAGUUGGAGGAAGUUCUGAAAAAGGAGCUCACAGGUAGCUUUGAAAAGGCCGUUGUGGCCAUGAUGGACACGCCUCAAGUUUUCUUCGCCAAGGAGCUCAGGAAGGCCAUGAAGGGGGCGGGGACGGAUGAAGCUGUUCUGGUGGAGAUCCUAUGCACUGCUUCGAAUGAGGGUAUCCUGAGCUACAAGGAGGCAUAUAUCCAGGUGAACGAGCGUGACCUGGAGGCAGAUAUAGAGGAUGAUACCAGUGGAGAUGUUAGGAACCUGUUGGUCUCACUGCUGCAGGCAAGCAGAGAUGAGGGCUACGAGGUGGAUGAGGGUUUGGCCGAACAAGAUGCUAUGUCUUUGUUUGAGGCAGGUGAGGGCAGGUUUGGCACAGACGAGUCAACCUUCACCUACAUCCUGACACACAGGAACUAUCUGCAGCUUCAGGCCAUCUUUAAGGCUUAUGAAUCUCUUUCAGGAACAGAUAUUUUGGACACCAUUAACUCUGAGGCUACAGGAACUCUCAAGGACUGCUACAUAACUCUUGUGAGGUGUGCUAAGAACCCACAGCUGUAUUUUGCCCGUCGCCUUAAUGCUGCAAUGAAAGGACUUGGCACUGACGAGGACACGCUUAUUCGCAUCAUCGUCGGUCGCUCUGAGAUCGACUUGGAAACAGUCAAGGACAUGUACCUGGAGAAGUACGACGUCACCCUGAAGGAUGCCCUGGACUCUGAGUGUGGAGGAGACUUUAAGCGUCUGCUCAUUGAGAUCUUGCACUGAAUCAGAUUUAUAUUCAUGUCCAUUUCUCACCUGCCUUAAUCUACCAUAACAUAACAGGAUCCACUCUAUCCUCUGUUUUUAUCACUCUUCACUCUUUACCUGUACCUCUUCUUUACUCUAGUCGUUCUCCCUCUCAGAGAGUUCUCUUUACAGCACGGACCAAAAACAAACUUAAUAUAAUCCAGUUCAGUGUUCAACAUGUGGUAAUUUUACAGAUUUUAAUAACACUUUUGAGGCUUUUCAGGCUUAGAAAAUCUUGUGCUAAAGUUAUAGUCCAGUGUAAUGUGGAGGGUGCAUUGUUACAACAUGAUGGCAUUAUGCAACUAAUAGCAUCAUGUUCACAUAUCUAAAAGUUAUUUGCCAAGUAAUAGUCUAUUUUUUAUUUAAACUGCAAUCAAUAGGUGUCUGCUAAUGCUCACAAAAAAACAUGCAUGUGUCUCUAUUGUUCACGUCACUAUUUACCUCAAAGGGGACCUUCACAAGAUUAUAGCAAUGCAAGUUACUUUCUGCUGCAACACAUAAGUGCCCGAUUAUAAUGGUCAAUCUUUCAAAUCUGAAGACAUUUAAGUACUUGCUACCUUAAAUAUUGCAACUGUUCUAUCAAAUGCUCAGUUGUUUAAGGGAUUCACUGCAGGCUUUUUGCUCUGAGUCGUUUUUAAAAGCUCACAUCUUGCCUUGUUCUAGAUUUAUACACAUUCUUAGUUUCAUUCAGUUUUUGUUGCACUGAGUUUUUACAUUCACUGCUUAAAAAAAGCCAUAGUUGAUUAAAACAACACUGAUUAGGACAUAACGUUUGAAGUGAAAUGAUUUAAAGUUGUCACACUGUGUAGUAAAAUUAAAAAAAAUAUAAAUGUUACAGAUAUUGUAGCAGAUGUAGCUGUAUACAUUUAAUGAAAUUUAAUAUCCGAUGUCUGUCUUUGUGUUUGUAGAAGACUUGUAUGUAAUAGGUAUUAAUAAAUUUUAACCACCAGA